GAUGCCUCACUGAAACUAGGCCACUAGGGUUAUUCUUCUCGGUCUCAUUCUCACAAUUCUUCUCUCUUAGGCCUCUUUCUCCACCAUCCCAUCGAUUUUGACAUUUGUGUUGUUUCUGAAAUCGAUCAAAUCACAGCUUCUGUUUGAUGCAUCGUCUAUAAUCCAAUCUCAUCUUCCGCCGCGGAUUCAGUCUUCUUUCUCGCCGGUGGCGCCUCUACUCUCCUCCACAACACUGAAGUAGUGAACACUGAACACUGAACUGAAUUUGAAUCGGAUCUUGGAGAAUUCAUUCUUCGUCGGUGGUUAAGAUAUGGAAGCGUCGUUUUUCCGUUUUCUGAAAAUUGUCGGAGUUGGAUACAAAGCGAGAGCGGAAGCUCAAGGUCGGUUAUUGUAUUUGAAACUUGGAUACAGUCACGAGGUUGAAUUGGCGGUGCCGCCGGCGGUGCGCGUGUUCUGUUUCAAGAACAAUGUGGUUUGCUGCACCGGAAUUGACAAGCAAAGGGUGCACCAGUUUGCUGCCACAGUGCGCAAUUGCAAGCCUCCUGAAGUUUACAAAGGGAAAGGUAUAAUGUACAUUGAUGAAGUCAUCAAGAAGAAGCAAGGAAAGAAAUCUAAAUGAUGUGCUACACGAAAAAUUAACCAAAUGUUUCUGUAUUGAUUUCGAAGUUGAUUUGGCUUAGCAAUACAUAUGAUCCAUUUUCUAUCAGAUAGAGAUAAGUGUUAAAUAAUCCCUUUUCAUUUGCCUUCUGUACUACUAUUAAAUUGGUUUUGAUCGAUUCCUUAGUUUUGUGAUUUCAGAUUUCCUUAAAUCAAUCGUCAUUGCGGUUU